CCCGCCCACAACCUGGACAAAUCAGUCCAGUCCAGCCUGUGAAGCAGUACUGCGGAUCGCGACUGUCAGUUCAACUCAUGCUGCGCACACAAUCUCUGGCUGCUGACUCCUGUAUCUAGGGGCACUCUCGUGGGAUACUGCCCGUGGGAAUAUAUAUAUAUAUAGGCUAUCGCAAACAUGUCACGGCAUCACAGGACGCCGCUGAAAAACGAGGAGAGUGUGGUGGAGGUGAAGAGCAAAUUUGAGGCGGAGUACCGCAGGUUUGCCCUGAAGAAGAAAGGAGCCGGGGGCUUCCAGGAAUUCUACCAGCUGCUGCAGACCAUUCACCGGAUCCCCGGAGUGGAUGUGCUGCUGGGAUAUGCCGACAUCCAUGGAGAUCUACUUCCAAUCAACAAUGAUGACAACUUCCACAAAGCACUGUCCUCGGCCAAUCCGCUGCUUCGGAUUAUCAUUCAAAAGAGAGAUGUAGAUGACUCCGUGCCCUUCCCAACAGGCUCUCUUCAGAGAAGAAAAAAGGGCCUAGCUGGUCUGCAUCAACCAAAGCAGAGGUCCAAACCAUCGCUGCUCAUCGGCCUUCCGCAGGAUUUCCGGCAGAUCUCUUCUAUCAUAGAUGUGGACAUCUUACCCGAUACGCACCUCCGUGUCCGUCUGCACAAGCAUGGCACCAACAAACCCCUCGGCUUUUACAUCCGUGAUGGCGUCAGCGUCCGCAUCACUCCCCAAGGCGUGGAGAAAGUUCCCGGCAUCUUCAUCUCUCGCCUCGUGAAAGGUGGUUUAGCAGAGAGCACAGGAUUGCUGGGUGUCAACGACGAGAUUCUUGAGGUGAAUGGUAUCGAUGUGGCAGGUAAAUCACUGGAUCAGGUCACCGACAUGAUGGUGGCGAACAGCCACAACCUCAUCGUGACAGUGAAACCCGCAAAUCAGCGCAACAACACGAUGCACCGUUCGAGUAAAACGUCUGCUGGCAACAGUUCAGCUGGCUCGGGAGGCUCCGCCCUCUCACAUGACUCCGCCCCCAGUCCCGCCUCACAGAAUACCAGCCAAUACAGCAACAGUGUGGCUGAGGGCGACAGUGACGAUGAUACUGACCUCAUCAUCGAGAACGACAACCUGUCGACGUACACGCCACACCGUAUGACUAAUGGCAGUGGCAGCCAUGCCAACGCCCUAUCGUCGGGUGCAUUUGCACACAGGCCCCUCCCACAAAGUGUUUCCUUGCCCAGUAGCAGCUCUUUAAGCUCCCUGACCACACCUACACACAACGGCAGCCCCACCAAGACGAGCAGUAGUCAAGAAAGCAUGAGAGAGGACGGCAACUUCAUUACGUUGUGAGCUACAGAAGGUUUCACAACGCAGUUGAAGCCUUUACGCACAUUUAUAAGAAAAUGAAGGAACUAUUAUAUUAUCAACUAUUAUUUUUCAGCCAUUACUGUCACAAACAACAACCUAUUCACAAUCUUUCCCGUGAAUGAGGACCUUCGGCCCAGAUUACACAGAUUGCACAAUCUAGCCCGUGUGUGAGGGCAUGUGGCUGUCACUGUAUGGAAGUGCCUUAUGGCUCUCCACUCCUCUCGCCUUAGUUAUUUUUUCUCCUUUUGGGACAAAUCGACCAUAUUCAUUUGUAUUGACUCCGAGGACAGUCAAUAAGAAGUGUGCUAGCUGCUACUGGGGUGCCUGACGUUAUCACUUGCACCUCAGAGGAUGUGAUGACUGUGGAAAUGAUAUGUGUCUUGUUUUGGAUUCAUCUCACUUUUUAUGAUGCCUCUUGCAUUGAUGAUGAUGGUAAUGAUGAUGGAGUAGGAGGAGGAAAAUAUAAAAGUGUUAAACCAGAUCCGAUCAGUGUUGAUUAUGCUCGUUUGCUCAUCUCAUCACAUUCUGACGCUGAUCAUAGUUUCUGAUACUGAAAAUGUCUACCAAAAUGUGCUCUACAUGAUUAUUUUAAAAUGUGGUUAUUUGCAAUCAAGUCAUCAAUUCAAAGUGUUUAUUGA